AUACACAAUGUGAUGAGUCUUUUUCUUACACAGUGGUGACUGGCUUUUCUGUGGGCGGCUUUCAGUGUGUUUAUUCCAAUCUAUCUUACAGCUUGGGCUCCAUUCAGCCAUAGGUGAGAUUCUAUAUUUUUUAUGCCAUAUGGUGAGGUCUUAUUGGGCAUCGUAUCAAACCGGACAAAAAUUAACCGGAUGCCAAAUGCCAAUCACUGUUUGGAAGGUCCUAUUCACCAUUCCACCGAGAAUUUGAUUGGUGGACAAAGCUAAGAGAACAGUUGUACGUAGAAACAAAGUGUCAAGGACAUUCUUGUGCUCCUCAAGUCAGUGCGAACUCCAUUGAAGAUCAAACCCAGCUUCACAGAGAGAGAGAGAGAGAGAGAGAGAGAGAGAGAGAGAGAGGGAAAGGAGGGAUGCCACAAGAUGGUGGAGAAGGCAAGCAGGGGGAAGAAGCAGAGAACAUGGCUGCUUGGCUUCUUGGUAUCAAAACACUUAGAAUCCAACCUUACAAUCUCCCUCCUCUUGGCCCUCAUGAUGUUAAAGUCCAGUUGAAGGCUGUUGGUAUUUGUGGAAGUGAUGUUCAUCAUUUCAAGACAAUGAGAUGUGCCAAUUUCAUUGUCAAAAAGCCGAUGGUAAUCGGGCAUGAAUGUGCUGGGAUCAUAGAAGAAGUUGGCAGUGAAGUUAAGUCUCUUGUAGCGGGCGAUCGGGUUGCAUUGGAGCCAGGAAUAAGUUGCCAGAAGUGUGAUCUCUGCAAAGAGGGUCGCUACAAUCUAUGCCUUGAAAUGAAGUUUUUUGGAUCACCUCCAACUAAUGGUUCUCUUGCUAAUAAGGUGGUGCAUCCCGCAAGUCUAUGCUUUAAACUACCUGAUAACGUGAGCUUGGAGGAAGGAGCAAUGUGUGAACCCCUAAGUGUUGGUGUCCAUGCUUGUCGCCGUGCAAACAUUGGUCCACAGACAAAUGUACUGAUUGUAGGAGCUGGACCUAUCGGCCUUGUUACCAUGUUGGCUGCUCGUGCUUUUGGAGCUCCCAGAAUUGUCAUUGUUGAUGUUGAUGAUUGCCGUUUAUCUGUUGCAAAGGACCUCAGUGUGGAUGAAGCCAUACAAGUUUCAACCAAUAUAGAGGAUAUUGGUGAAGAAGUAGCACGAAUACAAAAUGCCAUAGGCUCUGAGAUUGAUGUGAGCUUCGAUUGUGUUGGCUUUAACAAAACCAUGUCGACUGCUUUGAAUGCCACUCGUGCAGGCGGCAAAGUGUGCCUGGUAGGAUUGGGCCAGAGUCAGAUGACUGUUCCUCUUACUCCAACUGCAGCAAGAGAGGUUGAUGUAAUUGGCAUAUUCCGGUAUCGAAACACAUGGCCUAUCUGCAUUGAGUUUCUGAGGACGGGUAAGAUUGAUGUUAAGCCGCUCAUAACCCACAGGUUCGGAUUCACUCAAGAGGGGGUAGAAAAGGCAUUUGAAACCAGUGCUCAUGGCAGCAAUGCCAUUAAAGUCAUGUUUAAUAUGUAGCACAAUCACAAGAUGCUUCACCAGAGGAUGUGAGCUGUGUAGUUUGAAGCAUGUUGCUUAGACUUUAACCUGUCUAUUAAUUUAAGGGAGGGUGAAUUGUAUGAAUCUAGUAGGAUAAGCAAGAGUUUGAAGCAGCAUUAAUCAUGCAAAGAUUCUAGCUACCUCAUUUGUAGCUUUCUCAACAGUAUCAAUUGAUUAGAAGUAACUUCUAUUAUUCA